GUGCUUUUUUUUUUUUUCCUUUUAAGCGCUACACUCAGAGCAAUGGACGUAGACCAUUUGGAAUCUCUGCCUUGAUUGUGGGCUUUGACUAUGAUGGCACUCCAAGGUUAUAUCAAACAGACCCUUCUGGCACAUAUCAUGCUUGGAAGGCAAAUGCAAUUGGUCGCAGUGCAAAGACUGUGCGAGAAUUUCUAGAAAAGAACUACACUGAGGAAGCAAUUGCAACUGACAAAGAAGCCAUGAAGCUGGCAAUUAAAGCUUUGCUAGAAGUUGUACAGUCUGGUGGGAAGAAUAUUGAACUUGCUAUCAUCGGAAGGAAUCAACCCCUUAAGAUUCUGGAAUCCAAGGAAAUAGAAACACUAGUUGCAGAAAUAGAGAAGGAAAAGGAAGAAGAAGCAGAGAAGAAGAAGCAGAAGAAAACCACCUAAUUAUUUUAAGGACGAAUUCCGAACUGAACAUUGUUUACAUGUGUUACUGAAAGCAGUUAGUGUCAUAUUCUGUUAUAUAAGCUACAACAGGUCAACUACUUUAAUACUGGCCUCUUGGCUGGUGUGCUUUGUGUCCCCAUUAAACCUUUCUGUUACAGUUGAAUUAAAUCAUUUUUGAACUCUAAAACAAAUGUCAUUCAGAUUUGUAAAGGCAUAAAAAAACUGAAUAAAGACUUGUCUGAUGAAAGUA